AUGCAGUGCGCAAUAAGGUCAGAUUUGUCGAAGGAUUGGCUACAAGAUGAUCCACAAUCAGUUGAUUCUGGUCCAUCAUCAUCAACGUUAUGUUCAACCGUAUGCCGCCGUGCGGCAUCAUUUCCAGUUGUUAGUGGGCAUCAUCCAGCGUCAUCUCUAUUGAGAGUGCGUUCACAGAGUGAAUCAGAUGCACUCAAUCGAUUAGGCCUUAUCCAUUCACGAACUACACUUGUAGAGCAAUUGAAAAAGCGUCAGCUUGUACCAAUUACAUUAGAAAAAUCACUUGACAAUGCAGAUUCAAUAUCCCAAAGGAAAUCACAAACAAACUUGGGCGGCAACAAUUGUGCCGAUAAUAAUGUCGGCGAUUUUGAUCAUUUAUCAGUGAUUGUUGAAAAUGUAGCUGUUAAAACAGCGAAGAUUUCUAUUAGAUCAUACAAAAGCGUACGCUUUGCCGACGAUUGCGGCAAAGAUCUAACCACCGUGCGUGUAAUGACCGAACCUUCAGAUUAUCCACCUACCAUUAAUGAGUCGGUAAUUCGUCGAUUACUGGGGAAAACAGACGAGGACGAGAAAUGCCAUCAGAAAUCCGCUUCAUGGAUUUUAUCAUUCAAGCAACCAGCUAGUGAAUACGUUAAGUUUCGUGAAACCCUAGAGGGAAGAUUUGUUGCAUUGGAAAAUGUUGUCCUUAAAAAUGAGAUAUGCCAUAUGAUUGGCACCGUUAAGGUUAAAAAUAUAACAUAUGAGAAGAAAGUUUUUAUACGUUUCACAUCGGAUGGAUGGAGAAGUUUUUUGGAUCGUAUGGCAACUUAUCAACCAUCAUCGUCCAAAUUUUAUGAUACGUUUGGUUUUGAUAUCGAAUUGCCUACAAAUGGCUGCGAUCCAAAUGCACGAAUUGAAUUUUGCAUUUGCUUUGAAGUCGGGUCUUCUCAAGGUGAUACAAAACAACAGCAAUACUGGGAUUCGAAUAAUGGUCGAAAUUAUGUGCUAAUAAGCCAAAAACCGCCAGCUCCCACCCCAUCAUUUCCUAUACCAUUAUCAUCAGCGAAACAUGAUCACGGUGAUGCAUAUACAUGUGAAUUUGAUGAUUGGACUAAAUUUGCAGCGUGGAGAAAUUUACCAACUGAGGGUCCAUAUUGGUAG